AUGCAAACAGAGUCGACGGUUGAAGACCUGAAAUCAACGCAUGUGGUUGAGAAUGGUUAUCCAGCGGCUAAUGGCGGUGUCAAGUUGGAGGAUUCAUCAGUAAUUGAAGAUUCACCCGCGCAGCUAAACGGGAAUGGAAUGGCAGAGGCGAACUUGGAGCCAGAACAGGACCAGGAACAAGAGCAUAAGGGCCAAGUGCUGCCCAAGCAACCGGAUCUUAAGGUACUGCAACAUAGAAUAAGCGGAUAUGUCGGAUUCGCGAAUCUGCCCAAGCAAUGGCACAGAAAGUCGAUCAGACGCGGGUUCAGUCUGAACUUGCUGUGUGUGGGUCAAGCAGCCCUGGGUAAGUCGACUCUCAUCAAUACAUUGUUCAACAAAGAAUUGUAUGACUUAACGACACCAGCAACUGAGGAUUUAGCUGCUCUGAAGCUGGAGGAUGCAAGUCAAGGCCUUUCAGACGGGACCGAAUCGAUCCAACAGGAACAGCAGGAUCAUGCUAUCUCAGAAGGCAAAUCUGGUGUUGCUGCUGUCAAGAUCAAUACUCUUUCAACGAAGAUCGAGGAGAAUGGGGUCUCGCUUACACUGAACGUAAUUGACGCGCCCGGUUUUGGUGACGCAAUCGACAACACCGAUGCUUGGAAGCCCAUUGUGCGUGAAAUUGAUUCUCGUUUCGAUCAGUAUUUGGAUGCCGAAAACAGACUCGAGCGCUCCGCGAUCCAGGAUAACCGUGUUCACGCGUGCUUGUAUUUCAUAGAGCCCACAGGCCACUCACUUUCGGCUUUGGAUCUUGAAUUUUGCAAGGCCGUCCAUCACAAGUGCAACCUUAUUCCAGUCAUUGCUAAAUCCGACAUUCUCACCGAUGAAGAGAUUGAAAUAUUCAAAUUGACCAUCACUUCUCAACUUGAGAAGGAAGGUAUCGAGUUGUUCGAGCCCCCACAGUAUGCACUCGAUGAUAAGGAGACAGCGGCGCGCUCCUCCGAGCUUCAUGCUAAGAUGCCUUUUGCAAUUGUGGGAUCCACAAACGUGGUGUCUACUGCAGACGGUAGACAUGUUAGAGGCCGUUCUUACCCGUGGGGUGUAAUUGAAGUCGACAACGAGUCGCACUCUGACUUCGUCUACUUGCGUGAUCUACUAAUCAAGGUUUAUCUGAUGGAACUUCGCGAAAAGACUGAGACGGUGCUUUAUGAGAAAUACAGAUCUGAGAAGCUAAACUUCUUGAACAUUAAGCAGGAUAACUCGGUGUUUAAAGAAUACGACCCGGAACUCAAGCAAAAGGAGGAGAAACAACUACAUGAAGCCAAGCUAGCUAAAUUGGAAGCUGAAAUGAAAGCUGUGUUUCAACAAAAAGUAAACGAAAAGGAGAAGAAACUCCAAAAAUCUGAGGCUGAGCUAUUUGCCAGGCACAAGGAAAUGAAGGACAAACUCACCAAACAGCUAAAAGCAUUGGAAGACAAAAAGCAUCAAUUGGAAAUGUCCCUAGCCAACCAGUCUGCUAACUCUCCGGCGCAGGCCAAGAAAAAGGGCUUUUUACGUUAG